AAGGAGGCAGCUGGCCCCGCGGGGGCGACGAAGGGACUGGCUCUGGGAGUCGGAACGAGCCGGAGCGCGUCACCCCCUUCCCGCAGAGGUAGUCGCUCGUGUCCCGCGGGCUCGUUGUGUCGCCCCGCAGUGCUGCAGCUACCGCGGCACCAUGGCUGUGCUCGUCGUGCUCCUGUCCGUGUUGGUGGCGGGUGUCCUGGGCAAUGAGUUUAGCAUCUUAAGAUCACCAGGGUCUGUUGUUUUCCGAAAUGGCAACUGGCCGAUACCAGGAGAGCGAAUCCCAGAUGUGGCUGCACUGUCCAUGGGCUUCUCUGUAAAAGAAGACCUUUCCUGGCCAGGACUGGCAGUGGGUGACCUGUUCCACCGGCCUCGGGCCACUGUCAUGGUGGUGGUGAAGGGAGUGGACAAACUGGCUCUGCCUCCCGGCAGUGUCAUUUCAUACCCGCUGGAGAAUGCAGUUCCUUUUAGUCUUGACAGCGUUGCAAAUUCCAUUCACUCCUUAUUUUCCGAAGAAACUCCUGUAGUUUUGCAGUUGGCCCCCAGUGAAGAAAGAGUGUAUAUGGUGGGGAAGGCAAACUCCGUGUUUGAAGAUCUCUCGGUCACUUUACGGCAGCUUCGUAACCGCCUGUUCCAGGAAAGCUCCAUUCUCAAUUCCCUCCCCCUCAAUUCUCUGAGCAGGAACAAUGAAGUUGACCUGCUCUUUCUUUCUGAACUGCAAGUGUUACAGGACAUUUCAAGUUUGUUGUCACGACAUAAGCAUCUAGCCAAGGAUCACUCUCCAGAUCUGUAUUCGCUGGAGCUGGCAGGCUUGGAUGAAAUUGGGAAGCGCUACGGGGAAGAGUCUGAGCAGUUCCAGGAUGCUUCUAGGAUCCUUGUGGACGCCCUGCAGAAGUUUGCAGAUGACAUGUACAAUCUUUAUGGUGGGAACGCCGUGGUAGAGUUAGUGACUGUCAAAUCAUAUGACCCAUCCCUCGUGAGGAAGACAAGGACUAUCCUUGAGACCAGACAAGAGAACCCAACAACUCCCUACAACCUUGCAUAUAAGUAUAACUUUGAGUACUCUGUGGUUUUCAACAUGGUACUUUGGAUAAUGAUUGCCUUGGCCUUGGCGGUGAUUGUCACCUCUUACAACAUCUGGAACAUGGAUCCCGGAUAUGAUAGCAUCAUUUACAGGAUGACAAACCAGAAGAUUCGAAUGGAUUGAACUUUCCUUAUGUCAGGCUUAGAAAAGGAGUUUAGAAAUCGGCUGUUUUAUUAAAAUGUAUCUUUUAGUGUGGUUUAAAGUAGAUAGUAUAAAUUUAUAAAAAAAAAUUUUUGUUCUCUAUUUUGUCUGUGCCUGUGAUGCCUUUUUUAGAGUGAAUUAUAGUAUUGAUAUGAACUGAAUUGUGACAUAGAUUACAUAAUAUGCUCGAAUAUUACAAUAUAGCCAUUUAAUAUAAUUUCAUUCCAUUUAAUAAAGUUGGAAAUAUGCACUGAAUGAAAUGUGAAACACUUAGAAUAGCCUGUGUUAUUUAUGUUGGAGAAAUGCACUGAAUUUAUUAGAGAAACUUACCAACACUUAACUCCUCACACAAGACAGGAGAAAAUAAUGUCUGGGCUACUGUAUUGAUGAACCUCUUGUAAAUGUCCUAAUUUGAUGCAAACGUCUCUGAAACAGAAAAGCACUCUAACUUAGUGCAGCCCUGAAACCUGGAUGUGCUUAUACAGUCGCUUAGUUCUGGAACUGUCUGAUGAUGGACAGGGUAGCUGGCUUCUAACUCCAGCAAGUUUGUGGUCCAUUUGGUCUAAUAUAGAUAUUGAAACUCCUGCAUUGAUCUAUGGAGAGACUAGCUUUGUGGGGUAUAGAUGCUUGUAAUGAUACACACAGUAACAGAUCUUUGGGAAAUAUCUUGAGGCAUGAAUCUAAAAUGUUUUGGCUUCCGAAACUCUUCACCUGUGAAGUUGCUCUGUUAGUGCUACAGUUUCAUUCCGUGGAGUAGUAAGUGGAAGGGGAUGAUUUCUACUUUUCAUCUGGAAGUGGACCAAUGUCUGUGAAGAGUGACAAAUAAAGUUAAUAAUUCCAAA